AUGCACAUGAUACAAUGGCAAAUGCUCUCACUGUCCUUUUCUUGGUUCACGCUGAUCCCGAUAUAUGGAUUCGCCGAAUGGGCUUCUGGUGUCAACGAUGAGCCAGUGGACACCCCCUCGCCCGUCGCCGACGCCAAGAUCACUCAUGCCGACAAGCCCGCCACCGGCGCCGCCGCCACCAACGAGAAGAUUGCAGAGUCGAACGAGUGGUCAGCACUGCAGAAUGCUGUCUUCUUCGGCAUUAUCGUCGGCUGCAUUGCACUCUACGUCCGCUGGACCAGGACUCGCGACAGCAAGCAUCGUGGCUUGGGUUAUGAGAAGACCUUGGCGUAG